AUGGAGGUCAUACUGGAGAAGGACAUCUAUGCCUGGUGUCAAGAUCAAGGCGUAGAUCAUCGCCAAGGUAUAUGUAUAGUGGGCAACUUUGAAGGCAUCACAGAUGACAAAGUGAUUAAAGAAGUACAGAGAUUGUGUGGUAUAAGAAACCCUGUUAUAGUUGACAAGUGGAAGAGUGCCACUGGUGAUACAUGUGCCAUAUUGCUAACCAAUCAAGAAUACCUGGACUCUGCAUUGAUUCCUGCAAAAAUAUUAGUGGAAGGGGUACCCGGCAGAAGAUGGCAAAUAAUGUGGCCUAGUGAAAGUGGAGAGACCGAGGGAGAAGCCCAGGUAGCCAUUAAUGAUAAUAGAAGGGAGAGAAUUGAGGGAAAUCAUCAGAAUGCGGGAGAUAGUUCUCUGCCAAGAAUCACUACGAGUACCAAUACACGUGAAUCUGUAGAACCACAAGUGGAGGCGGUAAUGGAUAAAAUGGUCAGCCACUUUGAACGCUGGCAUUAUGAGGGAGGAUAUAGAAGGCUCAGAGUUUUUUCUGGCAUAACGCCAGUCCCUACAGGAGAAGAAGGAUAUGAUGCUUGGAGAGAGGCCGCAGUGCAACACUCUGAAGAGUGGAGGUGCCCGGAGCACAUAAAGAAGCAAAGGAUUGUGGAAAGCCUGAGAGGUCCUGCCAUGGGAAUCAUCCACGCUACACGGAGAAGCAAUCCCAUCGCCACCUUGAAAGACUAUUUUAACGCCCUAGAUUAUUCUUUUGGAACCAUAGAAGACGUAGGAGAUAUCUUGGCUAGACUAAAUCAGACCUACCAAGAGCCUGCUGAGACUCUCACUAAUUAUAUCUAUCGUCUAGAUAAGAUAUUAUAUAAAUUGAUGGACAAAGGAGGGAUUGAAGCCUCUGAGAUUGAUGAGAAACGUUUAAAGCAUAUACUGCGUGGGGCUUUGACCAACAAUCCGGUUGCUCAGCGACUGCGGUGCAGUGCCGUUGGAACGCGACCCCCAACUUUAGGUGAAUUGAUAAAGGAAGUAAAGUUAGAGGAGGUUCAAAUUGAAAAUAGAGAGAAGAGCUUUAAAAAAGUGAAGGUUGUGCUACCUACUCCAGAAGGUCCCACAGAGAAUGAGAGAUUAUACAAGCUGCUGGAAGAGCAAAAUAAAAAACUGGACCAACUAAUUACACUACAGAACAACACUUAUGGGACAGUCACUUGCGGGAGAGGUAGAGGAUAUUCCAGGCGACAAGAUAAUCGCGAUUAUAUUCUUUGUUAUCGAUGUGGGCAAUUGGGACAUCGAUCAUUUGAGUGUCCUCAGAAUGGGAACUAUAGGAGAAAUUCUAGUGCAUGUGGAGAUCAGAGUGAAAGCUCGCCGGAAAACGCAGAGGGGGCGUUGGUGAACCCCGCACCGACUCCCCAAUAA